AAGCCGGUAUGAUCGAUCGCAACACCCGGUGGCUACCGAUGGAGACACGUUGUCCCUGAGGAGCUUCCGGUGUGCCUCCCGCCCAUUGGACACGACCUAAAGCGCCCAACCCUAUCGCACUUUACUCCACGGGAACCGGUUAAGUUAUAAGCCUAUUGCGGGAACAGAUUGGAACUGUAAACAGUAACGAAGCCCACCGGAGGAGACGGAAAAUAAAGAUCGAGAGAGAGCCUGCGAGUGCGGCUUCUGAUUGGAUCCGUUUCCUCCCACCGCCGCGCCGACGAACAUGGAGGCGCCGUCAUACGCGGAGGCGGCGUAUGAGUUCCAGUGGGGGCCAUCCCCCCGCGUUCCCGGCGACGGCGGGUCCAAUCCGGGGUGGAUCAGCCCCCCGCUAAUCGCCAUGGUGGCCGUCGUUGGCACCGCCUUCCUCAUCGUCCUCUACGCCCGGAUCCUCUCCCGAUACCUCCGCCUCAUCCGGCGCCGUUGGCGCCGGUGGAGGCGGCGGCGGAGGUUUCUGCAGUCCAUGGCCGCGACGUCGGACCUGGACUCCCUCCCACCGUUCAACGGCGGCGGCUCCUUCGGCUCCUCCUCGGACUUCUUUCUCUCUCCCUACGGCCUCGACGACGCGGCCAUCAAGGCGAUCCCAGUGUCGCUGUUCUCGCGGACCAAGGCCAAGCAGCAGGCCGCCACGAACCGGGAGUGCGCGGUGUGCCUGUUGGAGUUCGAAGACGACGACACUCUCCGCACGCUGCCACUGUGCGCCCACGCCUUCCACAUGGACUGCAUCGACGUGUGGCUCCGAUCGCACCCCACCUGCCCCCUCUGCCGUGCCGCCGUGCUCCGCCACGAGGCCGCCUUCGUCCCCAUGCGCGCCGCUCGGAUCCGCCCCAGCCUGGACGACAUCCUCCUCAUUGACCCGCCGCCCGACCGCGGGGGCGACGCGAUCCUCCUCCCGAACCCCGACACCGGCCCCGAGAUCGCCUCAGCCGCGGGAUCCCCGCUCGCGGCCGAGGAACGGUUCGUGUCACGAGGGUUCCUACUCAAGCGCUCAUACUCCUUCGGGUUCGACGGGAGCCUGGCGGCGGAGCGGAUGCUCUUAGAGGCGUCCACGGCAUCGCCAUGGCGGUACCGCCACCAGCCGGGGGGCUUCUGGAGCAAGCGGUGGCCGUCGCCUUUUGGGGGCGUCGGCAUGGGGUCCUCCUCUGUCUCGCGGGCGGCGAGGGUCUUCUCCUUCCGCGGCGCCACCGCGGCCCUGGCCAAGUCCCCGGCCUUUUCUAAGCGGCGAGGGUUCUUCCCGCUCUCGUGGGAACCGAGCGGGCGGCUUAUCGUCAGCAGCGCGGGUCCGUCCCUCUUCCCGCGGCCGUCGUUCUCGUCAUCGUCAUCGUCAUCGACAUCGUUGGUGUUUUCACCGAGCCGGAUGCGAUGCGGGGAUCCGGAGGCGCUGCUGUCCCCGGAGCGGCUGAAGCAAUCGACGCCCACGCAACGCUGACCUGGAGCCGUCGGCGUUGGCGGGCAGGGGUAGGACGGUGGAGCCAAUGGAUGAGGUGGAGCUCUUUAAUGGCGGUCGCAAUGCACCAUUUAAUGAUCUGCCUGCCUCUUUAAUGAGCAUAUGAAAGCAGAGAGAGAGAGGGGGAGAGAGAGAGAGAGAGAUCCGCUUUUGAACAGUUCGCGGGGCUCUCUUUAUCUCUGUUGCGGUGGUUGGUGUGGACAAGUAACGUGGCCGUUAAUGGAAGAAGAGGAGGGAAUCGAAGUGGCCGAGAGACGAAAGCGAUGGGAAGCACCUGACCGCCACGUGCCAAUGGGCCGGAUCAGUGGCUUCAAAGGGACACCGCGAUUCGUCACACCCUCUUUAGCACAGCGGCGAACGCACAUCAUUUUAAAUGGGCCCGGCAAUGCAACGGGGAAUACAGCCGCCUUCAGUCUCUGUGAGGUCAAGCAAACGGGUGGGAAUGAGUCUGUUUGACAAUUUAGUUUGUACUUGGCAAUGCCUGUGCUUUGUUAUAUAGAUAUAAACAGCUGAAUAACUAAGAGUUUGUGCUUCUAUAUCAAA